GUACACGCACAUAAGGGUGUUUUUAAGAGAUUUUCUUACAGUUAGCUGGGGUUAUUUUGCACCAGGACGGACUGGAUGCUUUAUUUGUAUAGCUGAGCACAUGCGGAGCUUUUUAAAUCGACUCUAGCAGGAGGAAUCAGACAUGUUCAAGGCUAAAAUCCUCUUCGUUGGUCCCAAUGAGAGUGGGAAAACGGUUCUCGCCAACUUUCUCUCCGACAUGUCAGAAAACCUGGGAGGAGAAUACAGACCGACUCAGGGAGUCAGGAUAGUAGAGUUUGAAUCACAGCCUGAGGGAAGUGCGGACAACAAGACAUGUGAGGUUGAACUUUGGGACUGCUCAGGGGAUUUCAAGUUUGAGUCUUGCUGGCCCGCACUGAUGAAGGACUCCAGCGGCGUGGUGAUCGUCUUCAACCCCGACGUCCCCAGCCACCUCAAGGAGAUCGAGAGGUGGCACUCGAUGUUCGUCAGCUCCCAGGGUCUGCAGGACGGCCAGUGCCUGCUGGUGGCCCACCAUAAGCCCGGCAGCGGGGUGGAGGAGGGACGGCUGCCUCUGGCGUCACAUCUGAGCAGACUGCCGCUUAUCCACUCCAACCUGGAGAAGGAGCCCGAGGACAUGAGGCAGGCUUUCUGCAGGUACCUGGGGAACGUUGUGACCGCCAUGUCGGAGAGUCGAGAGCGAGAGGAGAUGUCCAUCAUCACAUGAGAGGGAAAUCUAAUCAAGUGCGCAGCCUGAUGAAGAGACAUUUGCCACACAGCUCUUUGUUUACCAAAUAGAUGUACAUUAACUGUCUAAACUGUUGUU